AUGGCGACCGCAGACCUCGAAACCCUUACGGAUUCUCGGGCUGGGACUCUGCAGCCCGAGUCUACAGCACCAUCAACGCCACUCACCGCGACCGAGCUGGAUGACUCUAAAGAAGACAAACUCAAGGAGGAGUUAUCAGAUUCAGAAGAUGUUGAGGGAAUGGACAGCAAGGCAACAGCCCUGAUGCAUCUGCUCAAGACUAGCUCAGUAUUCGUUGCCAUUAUGUCGGAUAAGAUGAAAAAGCAACAAGAGGAUGCCAGGCUGGCCGCUGCAAAAAAACAAGCAAAACCCACCACCGAAAGCAAAAAGCCAAAACCUGUCCCGGAACAAACAAAGAGGGCCACUCGUGCCCGUGGUGGACACGAGCCCAGCGCACAGAACAACUCGAACGCUGGUGGUGAUUCCGGCAAGAAGACCAAGUCUAGUCGAUCCACGCGGUCCAGUGCCAAUGGGACGUCGAUCUCGAACUAUUUCAAAAAGGCCGACGUUGAAGUGACCGAGGAAAACCCAUCGGUACAAGAAGCCCUCCAACAAGCUGCCGACGAAUAUGAAGCCAAACCGACCGCUCUGGGUGAACAAGAUCUAGUAGCAACACAGCAACCUGAACUAGUGACUGGUGGAAAAAUGCGGACCUACCAGCUGGAAGGGUUGGAAUGGCUCAAGUCACUUUGGAUGAAUGGGCUCUGUGGAAUCCUCGCCGAUGAAAUGGGUCUUGGAAAGACUGUGCAGGCAAUUUCGAUGAUAGCCUUCUUGAAGGAAAAGAAAGUGGAAGGUCCGUUCCUCAUCGCCGCGCCGCUGAGUACCGUCAGCAAUUGGGUGGACGAGUUUGCAAGAUGGACCCCAGAAAUCAACACGGUACUUUACCACGGCACAAAAGAGGAGCGCGCUGCUCUCCGCAAGAAGCACAUGAAAUUGAAAAACCAGGGAAAUAUGGAUUUUCCAGUCGUUUGUACGUCCUAUGAGAUCACCAUGAACGACAGGAAAUUCCUCGGUCAGUAUCAAUGGCGAUACAUUGUCGUGGACGAAGGCCAUCGUCUUAAGAACAUGAAUUGCCGACUGAUCAAAGAACUCCUGACGUACAAUUCGGCCAACCGACUUCUCAUUACCGGAACACCCCUUCAGAACAACAUCUCUGAGCUGUGGUCACUUCUGCACUUCCUCCUGCCAGACGUUUUCAAUGACUUGAACUCCUUCGAAAGCUGGUUUGAUUUCUCUUCCGUUCUCGAUACCACUGGUCAGGCAGAACGUGUUGAGAAGCGCAAACACAACUUGGUUACGAGUAUGCAUGCGAUUCUCAAGCCCUUCCUCCUGCGACGUUUGAAGACGGAUGUGGAGCAUUCACUCCCGAAGAAGCGGGAGUACAUCUUGUAUGCUCCUCUGACUGCGGAACAAAAGGAUCUCUAUCGGGAAAUCAUCAAUGGCACGGGGCGUCAAUACCUCGAAAACAAGGCAUUCGAACGUCUUGAAAGCAAAAGCGCCUCCUCUUCUCGUUCCCAGAGUAUGAAGCGGAAGAGGAGUGACAGUAGCGACUCUAGCCCCGUUGAAAGUGCAAGAUCCACCAAGACUUCCACCCCCGUCGGCCGUGGAGCUCCCUCCAAGCGACGUCGACGCAGCACACGCCAGACGUAUCAAGAUCAAAGUGAUGGGGAGUUUGACGAACAUCUUCGGAAGCUUGAACUGGGGAUCCAAGAAGAUGAUGAGCCUGAGCCCGAACCAAGCGACUCAGAACUCGAAGAGCACGAACGUGCCAAGAAUUUGAAGUUGGCUAAGAAAGAAAUUGGCCAGAAGAAGAUGCAAAACCCGGUUCUGCAGGCACGUCUUGCUUGCAACUCACCUCACAACUUUUACUGGCCCUGGAUGGGCGAAGAUGAUGAACCAGAUGAGACCCUCGUCUCUGCAUCUGGCAAGAUGCUCUUGCUGGACCGCUUGGUAUCUUGUCUCCUCGAAAAGGGACACAAGAUCCUCAUUUUCUCCCAAUUCAAAACACAGCUUGACAUCAUUGAGGAUUAUGUGACGAACCUGCGCUCUUGGCCAUGCUGUCGCAUUGAUGGCGCCAUUGCGCAAUCCGACCGCCGCGCUCAAAUCAAAUCGUUCAGCACCGAAGAUACCCACAAAAUUUUCUUGCUCAGCACUCGUGCUGGUGGUCAAGGAAUCAACCUUGUUGCUGCUGACACUGUCAUCUUGUUCGACUCGGAUUGGAAUCCCCAGCAAGAUCUCCAGGCUCAGGAUCGGGCACACCGCAUCGGACAAACCAGACCAGUGAUCAUUUACAGACUGGCAACCAAGGGCACUGUCGAACAAAACCUCCUAGAAAAGGCCGAUUCUAAGCGCCGUCUGGAACGCCUGGUGAUCCAGAAAGGCAAAUUCCGAUCUUUGUUGGAUCCCAAUGCUACUUCCCAAGAUGUCGAUGAACUACGAAAGGUCCUCGGCGAGAACGAAUUCGAACGGUUCGAAGUUGGCAAUGACCCUGCUUCUGUCUUGUCGGAUGCGGAUCUUGAUAUUCUAACUGAUCGUUCCGACGAAGCCUAUUCUCGAGCCGAGAAGGGCCUCGACCGGAACGGAGCUGCUUUCGUUGCCGUUGAAACAAAGCCCGACUCUGACGAAAGUGUUCUUUCGUAA